AUGUCUAGUUUGCUUUCCAUUAUCAAAACAGUUGACUCAUUCCAAGGUCCUCUGCAAUUCUAUACGUUGCUCGACCACACGGGCACUGUUGCAUUAGGCUAUAUAGCUCCACACAUUGCCGAGUAUUUCAAAUCAGAACAACUUCAACUUCAACACCAACAAGAGUUUGUGAUUGAUCUUUCUCAAGAGAAAAAAACAAUUCAAAUUGCCAGUCAGUAUGACACUCUUGAGAAACGGACAAAGUUAUUUGCCAAUGUAGCCCAACGUUGGAGAACACUGAUUUCGGAGCUAGAAGAAUUGCUCGAUAAAGGAUGGAGAAACGAACUAUACAUUGUAUAUAAUCCAACAUCAAUACCUUACUUUUACGUCGAAAGAGCUUUCUCCGUCCUCAUUGGCGUUGUGAGCUACGGUGUUCAUAUCAAUGGAUACAUCCCACCUCACCUAUCAUCUACCGGCGAAUUGAAGUUUUGGGUACCCAAAAGAUCAAUGACUAAACCAACAUAUCCAGGAAUGUUGGACAAUACCGUGGCUGGAGGAUUGGAAGCAGGACGCGGCAUUAAGGAAACAGUAUUCAAGGAAUGCUUUGAAGAAGCAGGCCUAAAACAAGAAUUUGUACAAGACAACUUGCAAAAUGCCGGCGUCGUAUCAUACAUGUACCAACCUACAGAUGGCAGAGUUCAACCAGAAGUAGAAUUUAUAUACGACUUGACCUUCAAAGAAGAAGACGCACACUUGAUCCAGCCACAAGAUGGCGAAGCCGAAGAUUUCCAGUUAAUGUCGUGGAAACAAGUCAUAACAGCAAUCAAGAAUAACAAGUUCAAACCCAACUGUGCUCUAAUAAUUAUUGAUUUCUUAAUCAGACAUGGAUACAUAACACCAGAGAAUGAACCGCACUAUUUGGAAAUUGUCUCUAGGUGCCAUGUCCAAAUGCCCUUUCCAACAAUAAGCUGA